AUGACGGCCCUCGGAGCGGGAUCUUGUUGCCAAAGCUGCCCCCUUUCCCCGCUGGGUGCCGCCGUGCGGGAGUGGCCCGGGGGAAAGCGUGCUUCCCGCAGCCGGGCCGAGCUCCGGCCUUUCCCGGCCUCUGUGGGCCGGGUCGGGGCGGGAACUACAACUCCCGGCGUGCAUCUGCCCCGGCUCCGCCCGCUCGCGGCUGCGCACGCGCCGUCGCCCCCCGCGAGGAGCCCGGCGGCCCGGCGCCGUUGGUCUCGCGCAGCGGCCGUUGCGGGGCCGCCCCGGUCCGAUGCUGAAGGGGAGUCUCUCCAGUCACUGCUUUUGGAAUGGGAUAAUCCUGUUUUUAUUCCCUGCCCAGAUAUUGCAGUUGAUGUGACCAGUGGUCAGGCUGACAGUCUGGCUGUGAAAAUUCACAAUAUCUUGUAUCCUUAUCGUUUCACCAAAGACAUGGUUCAUUCAAUGCAGGUUCUUCAGCAAGUGGACAAUAAAUUUAUCGCUUGUUUAAUUAACACCAGGAAUGAAAUGGAUGAAAAGGCAGAUGGAAACCUCUUGAUUUUGGUGGACCAACAUGCAGCUCAUGAACGGAUCCGCUUGGAGCAGCUGAUUGCAGAUUCCUAUGAGAAGGAAGCUGCAGCAUGUGGCAAGAAGAAAAUACUGUCAUCCUCCAUCUCUCCCCCUUUUGAGAUUGAAGUUCCAGAAGAGCAAAGAAGAUUUCUACGAUGCUGCUACAAGAAUUUGGAGGACUUGGGUCUUGAAUUAUCGUUUCCUGAGACAAACAGCUCCUUGAUUCUUGUGAGGAAAGUGCCAAUGUGUUUUAUAGAAAGAGAAGCCAAUGAAUUACGACGGAAAAGACAACCUAUCACUAAAAGUAUUGUGGAGGAGCUUAUUCAAGAACAAGUUGAGCUAGUGCAGACCACAAGAGGAGGAGCACGAGGGACACUGCCUCUGACGUUUCUGAAGGUGUUAGCUUCCCAGGCCUGUCAUGGAGCUAUUAAGUUUAAUGAGCAUUUGACUUUAGAGGAGAGCUGCAGGCUUAUUGAAGCUUUGUCAUCUUGUAAGCUGCCCUUCCAGUGUGCUCAUGGGAGACCUUCAAUGCUGCCUCUUGCAGACAUAGACCAUCUACAGCAGGAAAAACAGCCAAAACCUAAUUUGACUAGAUUGAGGAAGAUGGCACGAGCAUGGCAGCUAUUUGGAAAAAAAAAAGAACCUAUUUAAAAAAAGUUAAGACUGUAGACUGCAACCACUAGAAGCAUUGGUAUGAUCCAUAAGCCCUGUUGUUAAACUACAGUACCCUGUAUGGAGCCAAGUUCUGAGCCAGUGCAGUCACCAGAGAAGCAGAGACCAGCCAGGAGAACAUGGCAGGAGGAGCCCACCCUUGGAGCCUGGAGAAGCAUCUUCAACAUUAAGGAAUUGUGCUGUAAGUCUGGGCCCUAUAUCAGUGCUGGACUGUUGGGUGCAAGGAAUUGCAGCCACUUGCAGUUACUAAAGCAAAGCACUUUUUUCCUGCCAGCACAGCAUAAUAUCAUAGAAAGGGGAGUUUUAAUUACUGUAUUUUAUAGUACUUUGAAAAUUGGAAGGUAUUUCUUAAUAAAGUUCACACUAAACUCA